AAGGUAUGAAGCCAAUUGAGACGACUAUAUAUUAAUAUUGGGCUAUGUGAAGUAAAUUGAACUGUUUCAGGGACUUUCUUACUGUAAGUUAAGUGCAGCAACCACUACCCUAUUGUGCAUUUUAUUUUAUUGUUUUGCAUUUCCGAUUCACAUCAUUUCUGCCUCGUCAUUGGUGACGUACGCGGAAGUGCCGCCAAAAACACCGCUGUUGCAAACUUCAAAACCUCCGGCUCCACGGAUGUGUACGGUAUUUAUCUGAUUAUUGUUACCGUCUGCCUGAAAAACAGGCAUGGUUUGGAAUGUACUGUUGGUUGGAUUCAACCCGAAACAAAACGAACAAUAAUAAUUAAGCCACAAAAGGACUGUUUAUCAGGAUCAUUGUACCGGGAGAUUUUGAAAAGAGUCGAUGUAAUUUGGAGAAGGCCAAGAUACUGCAAAGUAAAUUAAGAAACUUUGGAAGAUGGAUAACGAGCCUGCACAAACCAAAGAUGAGGGCUUCCUCUCCAGGAUGGCCCUAAAUGACAACAAGGCGGGGAUGGAAGGUCUCGACAGAGACAAGAUCAAUAACAUCAUCAUGGAGUCAUCCAAGGGAUCCAAAUUUUAUGAGAAUGAGCUGAAGAAAGAUCAGCAGGUAAACCAGCGCAUUGAGAAAAUGAUGCUCCAAAAGGCAAACAUUACACAGGCACAGCUGAAGAAAGCCCAAGCACAGGUUGAAAAGAUGGCUUUAGCACUGGAGAGAAGUCGGGAUUUAAGCCGGGUGAUUGUGCAUGUGGACAUGGACGCUUUCUACGCUGCUGUGGAGAUGAGAGACUGCGCCGAGUUAAAGACAAAACCCAUGGCUGUGGGAUCCAUGAGUAUGCUGUCAACAUCCAACUACCUUGCUAGAAAAUAUGGGGUACGAGCUGCCAUGCCUGGCUUCAUUGCAAAGAAACUCUGCUCUGAUUUAGUCAUUGUUCCACCCAACUUUGAUAAAUACAGAGCUGUCAGUGAUGAGAUAAGGGAAAUUUUUGCAGACUACGAUCCCGACUUCCUACCAAUGAGUCUGGAUGAAGCCUAUCUCGACUUUACGGAGCACUUGGAGCAGAGGCAGACUUGGCCGGAGUCCUUGCGCACACAUCGCUACUCCUCCAAGAGCAUCACGACAGCUGUAAAGGAAACCCCAAAUCCUAAAGAUACAGAAGCAAAGGAUGAGGACCUUUCUCCAAUUCUAUUCAAUGAAAGUCCAGGUUCCCCUCCUGGCCUGGACGGCUCCAAAGGAGCUAAUGGGGGUUCAGAACUGUUUGGGACGUCUGUUGAGGAGGCUGUGAGAGAGAUGCGCUUCCGUAUUGAGCAAAAAACAAUGCUAACAGCCAGUGCAGGAAUUGCUCCGAACAUGAUGCUUGCCAAGGUUUGCAGUGACAAGAACAAACCCAACGGACAGUACAGGCUUCCCCCAACAAGAGAAGCAGUCAUGGACUUCAUUCAGGAUCUUCCAGUUCGCAAAGUUUGUGGGAUUGGGAAGGUCAGUGAGAAGAUGCUAAACGCUUUGGAGAUCACAAAGUGUUCCCAUCUCGGCCAGCAGAUGGCGCUAUUGUCUCUCCUGUUCUCUGAAACUGCCUGUCAGAACUUCAUGGAGGUUUCUCUGGGUCUGGGUUCCACACGUAUAUCCAGACACGAAGAAAGAAAAAGCAUGAGCAUUGAAAGGACGUUCAAAGAACUGAGUGAUGCUGAGGAGCAGUAUUCUUUAUGCAGGGAGCUGUGUAAAGACCUGGCAGAGGAUAUGAAGAAAGAAGGUCUAAAGGGGAAAACUGUUUCGCUGAAGCUCAAAAACGUGAACUUUGAGGUGAAAACCAGGGCACAGACUCUACAGUGUGCAGUUGCUGCAGAGGAGGAGCUAUUUGCCGUUGCCAAGGAUCUACUGAAAACAGAAAUAGACAAUGAGAGCCCUCAUCCGCUCAAGCUGAGGCUCAUGGGUGUUCGAAUGUCUGCCUUUGUCAGCUCAGACCAUAAAGCGCCAACGCAGAAGAGCAUUCUCGGCUUUCUUAAGUCGGGAAGUAGUGGAUCCUCUGAAAUAAAGGGAGAACCUUCCAAUAAUCCCUCACAAGCUUCCCAGCCCAUGGCCUGUCCAUCAGUGCAGACUGCUAAAAGAAAAGAAGAGGUUUUUCUGCACUCAAGGAAACCAGAAGAAACCCGGAAUGGUGGCCAACCCCAGCAGUCUUUUUUCCAACAAGCUCAGGCUAAGAGACUGCAGCUUCACGUGUCGAGUGUAAACACACAGGAUGAAGGACGUGGAGCGGAGGCCAGAGGGAUUUCCCCCAUAGGGGCUUGCUCCAAAGAAAGUGCGCUUUCAUCAGCGGCGUUGAACAAGACUGGAGGUUCGGUCUCACAAAUGCUGGAAAAUAAACGUGCCGCUCCUGCGGGGGACCAUCCAUCCACAUCUGGCUGUGAGGCCCGCCCCCAAAUCCUAAUUUGUCCUGUGUGCUCCAGCAAAGUGGAGACGACUGAUUUGAAUGUCUUUAAUAGACAUAUAGAUUUAUGCCUUAAUGUUGCCUCUACAAACCCAAAGAAAAAUGAGUCCGAGUCUGUUUAUGAUGAAGAGAAAUGCCUCCAAGACCAAGAAUGCAAAGAGCUGAACAAACGGAAAGAGCGGAGUGAGGCUGAAGAGGAGCAGCCCUUCGGCAGCAAAGAGUCCAGCAGAGUUUGCCCACGGGGGGGCCAACACGGCGGCUCGAUUCAAAAGGUUUUCCUGACCCAAAGCGACAGCAAACCCACAACCUCGCAGAAGUGUCAAGGGAAGCGUUCCGACCUUGUUUGCCCAGUGUGUCACCUGACCCAAGAGACGGACGACCUCGCCGUCUUCAAUCGCCAUGUUGACCUCUGCCUGAACCAGGAGGUCCUGCAUGAGCUCAAAGGACAGACGACAUUUUCCCAGAAUCCAUCUGUAGUUAAGAAUAGCAAAAACAUAGCCAGUACAAAUCUCCCACCAAUGCAAGCAGGCAAAGUCAAAAGCAAAAGACGAGGCUCACCCUCCUCUCUUCCCUCUAAAAAGUCGAGGAGCCUCGGCCUUUGCAACACCAUCGACAAGUUCCUCAGGUGACACUCAGCCAUGCAGAGCGCCACUUCCUGUUUGGGUGAAGUUUAGAGCCAGCCGAAUCCUGGACGCACAUGGACUCACCAGCUCAAACGAACACAUCCAUGGGCUGAGGCGAAGCACCUUUUAAACCAUACUUAAGCCAAACGUAACAUUAAAGACGUGGAGCUCAUAACAUUUUAAGUAAACAGAAUAAUAUUUAUUGAUAAUGUCACCUUUUAAUGCCUCGUUUUUAUUUGCUAAUUUUAUAAAGCCAAUGCUGUUUGAUGAAAGUAAAAUUAUUUGGGAAAUUAAUAUUUAUCUCUUAUAUAAACAAUAAUAUAUUUUGUUUAAUAAAAAUGCUAAAUUAGUUUUAUCAUGGAUAGACUGCUUUCAUAAUUUAUUUUAUAGAUAUUCUGCAUAAACAUUCUUGUCUCUUUUUAACUCUGCACCAUGUUUCCUCCUCAUCUUGAUCAUGUGGGCUGAAUUGUUAUCAUUUAUCUAAUUCUGCAAUCAUUUUGGAUAAGUGGUCCAAAUAUUACUCUUCAAGUAAUGCCCCCAUAAAAACUAAAUUCAAUACUUCUGUUUAAAAUGGAGUAAUUUGUAUACAUUGUUUUUAUAAUAAAUCAUACUUUUUUUAAA